ACUGUGGCAAGUCAUUGGUUGCAAUUUGACGUUUGACACGACACAAUUGUUUUUGUCAAGCAGAAUUCGUUCUGCUCCCUGCAGACGGUUCCUUUGUAAUUGCGAUCACUUGCCAUUAAUAUUCGUGUUGUUAAUCAAGUGUUCCCUCUGAAAACUUUAAAUCUAUUGGCGAUGGAUGUGGUUGCGCUUGCUAAAAAUGAAGGCGCGAACUUUCGCAGAAUUCAUUCCAAACUUCUCGAAUGGGAGAUCGAGGAUUCCGGGUUGGCCCCGUUGACUGCUGCCCAGGAAGCUGCAAUUAAUACAUUAACUUUUGCAAUGAAGGGAGUUUCUUCCCAGGAACCCACUUUACCUGAGGUCAUCGAUUCGCCUUCGGAAGAAAAACUAGAAACGUUUCGAAGUAAAUCUUACGAAGAAUUAGGUCGGAACGGCGACAUUGACAACACGAACAGUUUCUUAUUCUGGGGAGACCGGGUGGACAACGAAAUAAGCAGCUACAAAGACCAAAUCCACUCAAUGUACUUUUUGCAACUGGAAGAAUGCAGCCGGGAGUGUGACAAAAUGUUCGACUCUAUAAAGAUCUCCAGAGACAAUUUGAACACACUCAAAUCGGAAUACGAAUUCAUUUCGAAUAAAACGAAUUCCUUAAACGAAGCAAACGAGAAACUAAUCCAGGAGCAGAACCGAUUAAAACACAUCGACGACGAAAUACAGGCUCGGCUUCACUACUUCACGCAAGUUGAACAGCUGUCGAGGCGUCUCCAAAGCACAUCCAAUUCUGUCGCAAGUGACUCGUUCCAUGACUGCCUUUCGAAGAUCGACGAGUGCUUGUUCUUCCUACAGAGAAAUGAGAAACUGAAGGAUGCGCCUGCAUUUAUUGCUCGCUACAAGCAACUACUUUCGAAAGCUGUUUUGACAAUCCGGAACUAUAUUUCGUCGAUCAUCACUAGUGCAACUGAGCAGAUUCUCAGUUCGGGGAUUCAGAGCAAUUUGGACCAGGAUGCAGCGUUUGCUAUCUAUUACGGAAAAUUCCAAACAUCAGCUGUUAAGGUUAAACGCAUAUCAGCAAUGGUUGAAGAACGCGUAAAUCGAAUAUCAGACUAUGAGCAAUUACUUUCGGAAAUGCACAAUUGUUAUUUUACGGAGCGCGCCAAUGUUAUGCUCCCAGCAGUGCAUAAGUCAAUCAUGGAACUCAAAUCCAAUAACAAAGGCGAUUAUUGUGUUUUAACUAGGAGCGCUUGUGCAUUUCUCGUACAUGUCUGUCAAGAUGAGCACCGAUUGUUCUACCAGUUCUUCUCUGUUUCAACAAAUCAAUUACAUUCCUAUUUAGAAGGGCUCUGCACAGUUUUAUAUGACACCUUGAGACCGUAUAUAAUACACAUAAACCAUCUUGAAACCUUGGCUGAAAUUUGCAGUAUUUUGAGGGUUGAAAUGAUUGAGGAGCAUGUCAAUCAGAACGCGGAACCUUUGGAAGCAUUCGGCCGUAUUGCGUCGCAGUUACUUCAAGAUGCUCAAGAACGUCUGGUGUUUCGAACUCAUCUUUACCUGCAAUCGGACAUUCUCAAUUAUAACCCUUCAGCUGGCGAUUUAGCUUACCCCGAUAAAUUGAAAAUGAUGGAGAAUAUCGCACUAUCGCUUCAAGAGUCAGCACUCGUCCGAUCCGAUUCCAAGUCGUCAAUUGGAUCGAACGUAACAGAAGAUACAGAUCAUACAGGGGGAAAUCGGUCUCAUCCACAGACGAUAAAUUCUCCGGCUGAUUUGCAUGGCAUGUGGUAUCCAACUGUUCGUCGAACGCUUAUUUGCUUGUCGAGAUUAUACAGAUGCGUUGAUCGUGUUGUAUUUCAGGGACUAUCUCAAGAAGCUGUGAAAUGCUGUAUCCAAAGCAUUUCGAAAGCUGCUUCACAGAUAUGUAGUACCAAGACUCCAAUGGACGGGCAACUGUUUGAAAUUAAACAUCUCCUAAUAUUACGCGAGCAAAUAGCCCCAUUCCGGACGGAGUUUACCGUCAAGGAGACAUCACUUGACUUCAGCAAGGUUAAAACCGCGGCGUUUGAACUGCUACAUAAGCGCAAACAACUUUUCUCACUUGGGACGAAUAAUGCCUUACUGGAGUUUUUACUAGACGGUACUCCACAAGUGAAAGAACAUUUAAUCGAUUCACGUAAGGAUGUUGAUAAGCAAUUAAAACUGACUUGCGAACAGUUUAUCAGCCAUGCCGUGAAUAUGUUUGUGGGAAGUCUGAUGGAAUUUACGGAAAAAGCAAAUGCUUUCAUAAACGAUUGUUCAAAGUCAGAACCUCCGAAAAGUACAUUUGCCCUUCGACAAUGCCCGUGGGCAAGCCCACAGCAAAUUAAUGUAUUGACGCGGAAAUCACAGCGCAUAAUUAAAAAUGACUUAUCUGCCUUGCAACGCUCGAUGAAAUUGUAUUUAAGUAACAAGGAUACUGAAUUUGUGAUAUUUCGAUUAAUACGAAAUAAUAUAAUCAACGCGUUCAUAAAGUUGGAGCAACUCUUAACUACGAAUGGUUACAGUGCCGAAGAUAUGUUGAUAGUAGACUGCCCAUCUGCAGAGCAAAUAUCCGUUUUGAUUUCUAGCGCCAAUAUACUUGCUGAUAGUCAAGUGGAUACAAAACAAACAAUUGCAAAACAGGUUGAAGCUCAAAGUGAAAAGGUACUAGCGGAAAAGACGCAGACCAAAGAGUGAAGUUGCCUCCUCGAAUAUAGGGCAAUAAACUCUUAUUUCUAAAUAUAUUACAAAUUAGAUAAACAAUUUUAUUUAGUUCAUAUCAAUUUCUUAAAGAUAUUUUUUUAAAAUGUCGCCAACAUUAAAAUGUUGUUAGUAUCGUA